AUGCUCGCAUCCAACACACAGCUCCUCUCUCGAGCGGCCCGGCUCAUCGUUCCUCGAUCCGUCGCGUCAAGGAAGCUCUCGACGUUUACGCCGUCCUAUCCGCCUUUGCCUUCUUUGGCAGCAGCGGGCGCAGCAAGGCCGGCCUUCUUCCACAGCUCAUUUCAUCCGAUCGCCGCUUCCGCCUCGGCAGCAUCAUCGAAUAACGCGCAGCGCAGCACGAGAGGUGCAUCGCUCGCUCUUGCACUUCUCUUCGGCUUCUCCGCUUCAGUGAUUUCUCUGUCUAACACCGAUACUCUCAAGCUGGAUGCAGCACCAGCAGCCCAAGACAAGUCAUUGACGAGCAUCGCUACGGACGCUUCCAAGCAGCUCGUUGUCGAUCCCGACACCAGUCUCGGAUUUCCCCUGUAUCUUCCCACGCCCGUGUCAUUCAAGUCCUCUUCGGCACAGGACCAGUCCAAGCUCCGCCUCGUUGGCUUGGGUGUUCGCACGGUCUCCUUCCUCCGCGUCCGCGUCUACGUCGCUGCUCUGUACAUCGACGAGAACAAGCUGCAGGAGCGCUUGACACGCGCUUCUAACGACAAGACGCUCGAGCAGAAUGUCAAGGAACUGCUCGACGACGGCACCGCCGCUGUCAUCCGCAUCGUCCCCGUUCGCAACACCGACUUCAACCACCUCCGCGACGGAUUCAUUCGUGCGCUUCAGAACCGCCUCAAGAAGGCCAUCAAGGAUGCGCGCGUGCAAACCGACUCCCCGCUCGAGUCUGCAUUUCAGCUCGCUAUUCAGCAGAUUAAGGACUCGUUCCCGCGCGGCUCGGUCCCCAAGGGCUCGCCUCUCGACCUUGUCAUUCUCCCCACCGCCGUCAACUCCAAGCCGGUUCCCGCGUCGCUCAACUUUGAGUACGACGGUCAGGCGUUUGGUCAGGUGACGCCGAACAAGGACGAGAUUCAGCAGUCGUCCGCAAACGCGGUCGACCCCGCCUUCACGGUUGCCAGGGAGCUCGCGCUCGCCUACUUUGCCGAUGUCGGAGAGAUCAGCACUCCUUUCAAGAACUCCGUCCAGCAGGGAUUGCAGCCAUAG